GCAUGCAUAACAUUUCUCUGCACAAAUGUGGCACUCUGUGUAUUAUAUGAUGUAAUGUAAAUAAUUCCUCCUUGGAAUUGGGUCGGUGCCCAUUUGGUCAUCAGUUUUGCCAUACUGUAUGUAAAAUAAAAGGGCCACCUUUCUUUGGGCAGAAAUUAAAUGGAAAAUUAUAAAUAUAAUUUGAAUAGCCCAUUAUUUGAUUAGAUUUUAUUUGAAGAGCAUAUUCAUUAAAUCUGCUGCAGAAAACAAGCCCACUGUACAAUUGAUGGUUGGACUGGUUAAAUGUGAAGGGGGAAAAGACUGUUUUAGGGUACGGCUCGUUUUUUACACGAUGUGUACAAACACGGAUGUUAAACAAGGAAGUUGAAAGGCCCUUGCCUUGGGGCUUGGGGCUACCAGAUCUGUAUUUUGAGGAAGUCAUUCCAGAGUUACUGUCUCUGUCAUAGAUAACAAAACAGACUCACAUUUGGCCGCUCACACAGGGUUUAAUGUGAGGGAAAGCUGAAUGUUUUAGGGUAUGGUUCGUUUGUUUUCCGAUGUGCACAAACACAGAUGUUAAACAAGGAAGUUGAAAGGCCCUUGCAGGUUUGGAAGUUAUGACAUUGAUGUUUUAGCAGUUGCAUCAUAUCAAUGGAUAGCUGUUUUUCUUCUCACAUAUUGCCAUUUGUUCAUCAUUUGUUAUAAAAAGAGACACAGUUAAAACAGGUUAAAGCAACAGCAGUAACUUUUGUCCUUCCUUGGUGCCUUUCAGAGACUGUUACAAUAUGGUGGACCAAUUGAAUGAAAACUAAAUUGGAAACAUUAUUUGAAGGUUGGACUUAAGUCUGGUCAACACACAGUGCUAAAGAGUUUCCUAUAGGUUGACUUACCUGACUAAAACUGCAUCAAAGAUUUGGUACCUGUCAGAUACAAUACUCUUCAUCCGGGUGACCAAAAUAUCUGUUAUUGUAAUUCACUGUGCAGUCAGUGAUUGAUAUAAAGGAUGAGUAGCAUUGUUGCCAUUUUACUGUAACUCCUCCACCAUAAUAUUUACUUUCACCCUUUGGAAUGUCACCCUGUUGCAUGCUUUUGACAGAACGUAAGAUGCAUACAAUAGCAGUUAACUGUGGGGCUGUCAGGUUUGUAUUUCGAGGAAGUCAUUCCAGAGUUACUGUCUCUGUCAUAAAUAACAAAACAGACUCACGUUUGGCCGCUCACACAGGGUAUUAUUGUCACGUUAUAAAGAUGUGUGAUGUAGCACAUACAGUAAUUCACAUUUGAUCUGUAAAAGAAGUGAAAUGGUUUGAUUCAUGGACUCUCUGUAAUCGCACAAGAAGUUUUCAGCAGUUUUCAGACUUAGAUACAAAAAUAAUGCUAAUCCAAAAGACAGCACCAUAAAUCCAUAAAGCUACUCAGGGCAGAGGUUGACAAAGAGAGGUAAAAAGGGUCCAUUAAACAACUGCAGCUCUUGAAAAGCUGCUUGGGCAUGGAAUGUUGAAAGAGAGUCAGUGUGUGCAGAGGAGAGAGGGAGGGAGAGAGAGGGAGAGAGAGAGGGAGCGACAGUCUCUCUCUCUGCUCUCUCUCAUAGUCACAGAAAGGGAGGGGUGAGUGAGUGAGGGGAAGUGGAGAUGGCUUUCCCGUAAAUCAGCCAUAGCCAAUCACACGCCGCCUCGCUCACCUCACUCAGCUGGACACAUGCCAGAAGGAGAGAGAGAGAGAGAGAGAGAGAGAGAGAGAGAGAGAGAGAGAGAGAGAGAGACUGAAAGGCAAGGCACAGUAAAGCAAAAACUGCAAGGAAGGUUUGACGGCUGGACUGUACAAGUCAAACACACUUCUUCCUGGGUUGGGGACACGAAAAGCGCCUAUCUGUUUUAGGGAGGAAGUGCGAAGGGUUCCUGCUCCAGGCUGCCUGCCUCAUUCGGAGCUGCAAGAUGGCGGUGACAGGCAGGAUCCUCAACUCUACCAUGCCCUUCACCCAGAAGGGCACGCUGGACAAGAGCCUCUACACCAUGGACUCCACGUCCACCUCCUCAGAGCCAGACUUCCCGCUGGGCUCCAAGGGCCUAGGGAAGGAGCCGGCCAUGGACCCGGUUAGCUAUUUGGCUAAGGGCUAUUUGGCCAAGGUGGUCACCCAGGGUACCGCAGAGCAGGUCGGAUCCGACUCCUUCAUCUCAACCAAGCCCAGCGGGUUGUUUAUCGCCCAGGCACAAUGUGAAUCUCAGGAGUCACAAGAGUUCUCUCCCACAUUUUGUUCACACUCUUACAUGAGACAUAUUCAAAGACCCAGCCCUCCACACCACAGCAGCCACCUGCCCAUCCCUGCCGAGCCCCCAGUACCAAUUCCAGCUGCCCUGCCGCUAGUGGAAGAAUCCCAGACCGCGGCCAGGAGACGGCGGAGGAGGAAACAUCGGCGCAGACGGAGGAUCAGGAGAUUGGAACAGCAGCAGCUACAGCAGCAACAGCAGCCGGAAGGGAAGGGGGAGGAGGAGGUGCGGAGGGGGAGAGCUCACACUGGCGUGCCCGAACAAGAGACCGGAGAGAUAUCCACACCCUUUCAUAUCCCACACUCAUCAGAGGGGGUGUUAUCAGAGUGCACAAACAACAGCAGCAGCAACAGCAGCAGCAGUGAAAGAAACUGGGUCCAGGAGACUGGAGACCCAUGGGAGGAGCAGGACGUGCCAAGACCAGGCCGCAGCUGCCACCCCUUCCCCAGGCCGCAGCAGCCAUGCCUGGACGUGGACGUGGGGGAGCCGGGGCCUGGCCCUUCAGGAUGGUGCCAGUUGGCUGUGCAUGGCUGCAGAAAGGCGGUGAUGUACGAGAGGGACGGUAUGGAGUUCAUCACCCCCUUGGUGGAGGCCGUGCUGGCGGACUCUAAGGAGCAGGAGAUGGAGAACAUCAACGAGGGCCUGCUCCUCCAUGAGGGGCUGGAGCCGGUGGAUUGCGAGUACCGUGAGGGCCGCGAGUACUCCAGCAUCCCCAUCAAGAGCGGCUCCUAUGGAGACGUGUGCCGCGUCCUGGACAAAAACACCGGGUUCGUGUGUGCUGCCAAAAAGGUGCCCCUAGAGCGCUUUAAGAGUGUGGAAGUAGGUGCGUGGAGCUGCCUGCAUUCCCUGCCCAAUGUGGUGGAGCUCUUUGGGGCUGUGCGCGAGGGACCCGACAUCAUCCUCUUCAUGGAACUCAAAGCUGGCUCGCUGGGGCAGCUCCUGGAGCAACGGGGUCGUCUGCCGGAGGACCUGGCCCUGUACUACUUCAUCCAGGUGAUGGGGACGCUAGACCAACUCCACCGCAGACAAAUACUGCACAUGGACGUCAAAGCUGACAACGUGCUGCUGUCAGAGGAUGGGAAGAGCAUAUUCCUCUGUGACUUUGGACAUUCAGAGAAAAUCGAUAAACAUGGCGAAUGCAUCGGUGUCACUACAGAGAUGAAGGGCAGCGAGAGUCACAUGGCCCCGGAGGUGGUGCGCUCGGAGCGUCGCAGCACCAAGUCAGACGUGUGGAGCUGCUGCUGCAUGCUGCUGCACAUGCUCACUGGCUGCCUCCCCUGGACACGCCUCUACUCCCGCCCCCUCUACCUCACGAUAGCCAAUGAGCCGCCACCGUUACGGGAGAUUCCCCCCGACUGCAGCCUGAUGACAGCUCACAUCAUUGAGGCGGGGCUUCGGAAGCAGCCAACCAAGAGACUGUCGGCUGCGGAGCUGAAGAUGCACGCAUCCAAAGCCCUGAAUGCAGUUGGUGGUCUCCGCAGCCCUGUGCAAGGACCCUACGUUAAACCGCUGCCUAAGCUGGGCAGGCUCAGCCCAUCUAUUGCAUCCGAUGCCCCCACCAAGCCGACGCCCGCGCCCCACCCGACUCCACCAGUGCCCUCCCCCACGCCCACGCUGCCCCCAGAGCUGGGCCAGAAGAAGGCCCAUGAGCAGCACCAGCCCAAGACCUGCAAGCAGUGGGAGGAGCUGUGGUGUGGCGAGCGCUCGCACAAAGUCAAAAAGGCCGCCACCACUGCCUCCCAGCGGGAACUGCGCAAGCUGGAGCGAGAUUUCUAUCUCAGCAGCCUCUCUCAGCCCCACUCUGCUGAGCUGCAGGAGCAGCUGCUGUCCUGCCUGAGCAGCGAAGGACCCUCUCAACUGGACCUGUGGGACAAGAAGGACUCUGGUCGCUGGUCUCUGAGCCCCGGUGAGGAUCUGAGCUCCGGUGCUGUCUCCAGCGACAGUUCAUCAGAGAGCAUCAACAUGGAGCUGCCAGUCUCCCCCUACUCUUUUGGAGGGGUGAACGUCAAGGUCACGGACUUCAGUGGACGAGACAUUUGCAUCCGUGAGAAACGCAACGUCAGCAUUGAACGCAUUGCACGUGGGAUCAGUGAGCAGAUCUCAGAGCCCGUCUUCAGCCUGGAGUAUAUGGACGGCCACCCCGUAUCCCAAGGUGAAGAGGUGCAGGAGUCUGGGGUGGAGCUGCGCUGCGUGCGUGCCCCAGACUGCGAGCAUCACCCGAGCCUCAGCCACAAACGCCAGUGCUCCUGGAUCUGGAGGAUCAACAAUGGACACCUGGAAACGAACGACUGAAACCAGCUGUGAUCAUGUGUAUGGAUAUUAGUUGUGCAACUGCAUCCAUUUGGGCCUGCUGUUGCUGACAGUCCUAGCUAGGAGUCCUAGCUCCCUAAAUCAGAUUUUUUUUUUUUAACUAGUUUUCUGAAAUGCAUCCGUCACAAUGGUGAUUUAUUUUAUCCACAUACGGUGUAAACAGGAUCAAGAUAUGUAAAUGGAUAAAAAAAAUGUUUUGUUUUUGUUUGUUUAAAGAUCCGCAGUUAAAGCUAAAACACUGCCAGAUUCCUUCCAACACGGAUGACAUCACUGAGUAACUGCCCCACCCGUCCUGAAUACCCCUUACAAUCAGCUGGCUCAGAACUGAUUGAAACAAUUUUGUUUUUCAUUUCCUGAACCCAGAAUUGACACCUCUGCACCCAUACAACUUGUUUAUCAAAAUCCACGCAGCUGACACAUGGUCCACAUACACACUUACCUGUAUGGACUAUAUCUUUCAUAAUAUACGUGUCCACACACACACACACACACACACACACACACACACACACACACACACACACACACACACACACACACACACACACACACCUCUUGAUCAGGUACACGUGCCCACAUACAGUACCUCAUUUGGCACUUUGGCUCUAUGGGGCAGCCAUGGCCUGCUGAUCAGGGGGUUGGUCUUUGGAUCAGAGGGUUGCAGGGUCAAAUCCCACCCUAUAGGUUUGAAACUCUCCCUACACCCUUGUGCCCUUGUUCAAGGCACCUAACCUCAUAUUGCUAACAUAAUACCCUGUACCUAAAUAACUAUUAGUUGCUUUGCAUGAAAGUGUCAACUAAGUCAAAUGUAAUGUAAUGUAUCUCUACACACAUCUAUACAGCUCUCCUUGUAAGCCCAGUAUACUCAUUUGAUGUUGUGUAGGCUUCCAGAGUUGGGCUGGGCAAUAUGACGUAAACAACUGAUCAUGAUAUCUUUUUCGUUUGACAUGGGGAAGAGAACCAAUCAUAAAUCCAUGCCCCUGCUCUCUACUUUCACUGUGACUGCCCUUGUCAUUCACUGGCCCCAGAAAUUUAGUCAAUAUAAUAAGUUUUGCACGACUCCUAUUUUCUUGCCAUCACAUGUAUUAGUAAGACACAUGGUAGCCAUGAGGUAUGUGUUUGCCAUUAGCAGCAAGUUUAUUCCAGAUGUUAUUGUUAAGGAGAUUGCCCCAAGGUUUACUUUCAAGGGAUAAACGUGUAGUUUGACAUGCCAGUCGAAGCAGAAAUGUUUCUGCUGUUCGGUGCCAUAUUUUGUUGAAACAUUUUCAGUGGGAAUGUAAAUUCCUUACUUUGCAGUUCAUGCUGUAUUAAGCUUUAUUCUCAGCUUCAUUAUGUGUGUGUUUUUAUUUGCAGAGUGGUCUCUGCAUUGCUGUAAACCAAAGGGAAUAUACGUCAGAAAUCAGUACAAAAAACAGAAAAAUAUCAUGCCUGGACUCAAACAAAAUCAUGUUGUAUGAAACAAUGACACAUGAACACCUCUCAUGUUGUGUGUACAAUGCAGUUAAAAGUAAGGAUAAAACCACUUUCAAUUCAUGUGUCAAUUACCUCCAAUAGCACAUUUUAAUGUAGUAUGAAAUUGCAUGCAACAGGUAUAGUGUGAAUGCAGUAGGUUUUUAACAGUGCAUUCUGAUAAGUGAAUAAAUUUGCAAUCCUCGGUUAUUAGAAGUUAUUACCAACAUGUUGGACUUUGAAACAGGAAAAAGAGAGCUCAUUAUUCUCAAGUAUGCACUUAGAGCUUUCUUGUUUCUUGUUUCACCUUGCCAUGCCUGUUAGCAUAGUGAUAGUACUUCUUUCCUGAAUGGUAUCCGUUUGAAUGUUUGAUUUCCCUUACUCUUGUGCCUAUAUGCAGUAGCUGCUGCAUUUUUAAAGAUAUUCAUACUCAAUUCAACCUCAGUCUUGUCAUUUUGCUGUCAAAAAAUUUUCUUGUUUUCAAAUCAAGGCUCUUUACAACACAGAAAAUAAUCGCAUAUGCUGUGCUGGGUUCUCUUUUUCAUCUGUGAAACAUAGGUCAAUAUAGAAGUGUGAAGCAGUUGCAUCUGCAGACAGGCUAUGCACGUGUUCGAAAUAUAAAAUGUCAAAAGGAGCCUUUUAAAAAAAUAAAAAAAGAACUUUUACA